CUCUUAUCCUCUUGGCCGGGCUCUGUCCUGCUGAAGAGCAGGAUCGCAUAUUGUCCUGGUGUUAAAGCAGAGCAGGUCGUCACACAGGAAGAGGGGAAACAUGUUUUUUACAACUUUGCUCUGUCUGCUGUUACUGUGGCCUGGCUUUGCCGCUCUAAUGACUUCGCCAUUGGAAGAGGUAGGUGGAAAACUGAGGGUGAACAGGAGCACUGCGCUUUCUCAUCACUCCUCUAAACAAAGAGACAUAGUUUCCUCUCCUGGUUCUUCUCCUGAUACCUCAGUGAGUGGGCGGCUGCCUCGGUCGACUCUGAUGCCUGACAUCACACAUCUGGAACUGCUGGUGGUUGUAGGGCCUGAUGUCCAGCAGGUCCACAAGCAGGAUACUGAACGGUACAUCCUCACCAACCUCAACAUUGCCUCAGAGCUGUUGAGAGACAUGGCCCUGGGUGCCAACAUGAGGGUGCACCUGGUCCGCAUGAUCAUCCUGUCAGAGCCAGAGCCAGAGAUCCAAAUGUCUCCCAACAUUACCUCAUCUCUCAGAAGUGUUUGUGACUGGGGCAGAAGGAUAAACCCCUCAAAUGAUACAGACCCACUUCACGCUGAUCUUCUGUUAUACAUUACAAGGUACGACCUGGUGUUGCCUGAUGGGAACAAGCAGGUCAGGGGUGUAGCACAGCUGGGGGGGGCUUGCUCCAGUGAAUGGAGCUGUGUGAUCACAGAGGACACGGGCUUUGACCUGGGGAUCACCAUCACUCAUGAGAUUGGCCACAGUUUUGGAAUAAACCAUGACGGAGUAGGAAACACCUGCAGCAGGAGUGGGUUCAUGAUGGCCUCUGACGGGGGCUACAACAGUGUGGAUCUGACCUGGUCGCCCUGCAGCAGAGAGCAGCUGCUCACAUUCUUCAGUGAAGGAAAAGCUGAAUGUGUGAAGGACCUGCCUUCACUGGGAGGCUCUCUACAAGACUGGAAGCCUGGCCUGUAUUAUGGAGUUGAUGACCAGUGCCGUAUAGCUUUUGGUAGCACUGCAAGAGCCUGUUCUUUCACUAAUCCUGACCUGCCAGCGUGUCGUGUCCUGUCCUGUCACCUUCACCCUGAUGACGACAGCUCCUGCAAACGUCUCCUGGUCCCUCUGCUGGACGGGACAGAGUGUGCACCUAAUCAGUGGUGUCUGAAGGGGCGUUGUGUGUCCGCUAAUGAGCUCAGCUCCUCUGUGGUGGUGCAUGGCUCCUGGUCCAACUGGUCUGAGUUCUCCCCCUGCUCCCGGACAUGUGGCGGGGGAGUCUCUCACCGCACACGGAAAUGCAAUAACCCAAGACCGGCUUUUGGAGGGGAUGAUUGUGAGGGACCGGAUAUUGAGGCUGGACUUUGUCACCAGCAGCCAUGUGAGCAAAUGCAGCUUGAUUUCAUGGCAGAGCAGUGUUCCCAAACAGACCUCCACCCCCUCUACCUGCUACCAAACACUGCCUCUUUCUACACCUGGAUCCCUGCUAUAGGAUUUGGACAAGGGGAGGAGCAGUGCAGAUAUAUGUGCCAAUCAAAAGGAGAACAUUUCCUAGUGAGCCGGGGCUCUCAGUUUGUGGAUGGGACUCGCUGUGAGUCAGACAGCCCGCCUCAAUAUGGCUCCAGAGCUACAUGUCUCAGAGGGAAAUGCCAGCUGUUUGGCUGUGAUGGUGUGCUGCAUUCUGGGAAAGUGAUGGAUGUGUGUGGGGUGUGCGGUGGAGGCGGAUCAUCCUGCACUUUGAUCUCUGACUCCUACACUGGUGGUCAGGCUAGAGAGUACACCACCUUCCUCUCUCUGCCGGUGAAUGCCACACAGGUUCAUAUUGUCAACAGAUCACCUCUGUUCACUCAUAUGGCUGUAAGGGUUGGGGAUCGGUACAUUGUGUCCGGGACAAGCAGCAUGGCCCUGAGUAUGACCCACCCCUCCCCACUGGAAGACCACCAUCUAGAGUACCGCCUCCACCUGACCCCCGACCUUUUGCCCGAGAUGGAGGAGCUGCUGCUUCCAGGGCCGCUGACAGAAGAGAUAAACAUACAGGUGUAUCGCAAAUAUGGAAAAGAAUACGGAGAGAAAACAAAUCCGAACAUCAGCUACCAGUUCUAUUUACCUAACAGAAACAGUGACUUGAUAGAGAUCCACCCUAAAGGCAAAUGGGCGGUCUUCACAGCGCCGUGCUCUGUCUCCUGCGGCUCUGGUGUACAGAAGCAUGAAUAUGUCUGCGUACAUGAAGAAACCAACAAACAUUUGGAGAAACAUGAUUGUGAAACGCCUCCACCACCCGUACCCAUCCAGACAAGCUGUCAGCUCUCACCCUGUCCCCCCAGGUGGGAUGCAGGGUUGUUUGGGCCUUGUAGUGCCUCCUGUGGUGGAGGAGAGAGAGUGCAUCCUGUAAGAUGUGUUCAGGAACAUGGAACCAAUGUGGUAGAGGUCCAAGAUGCUGAAUGCCCUCCUAAAACAGCUCCAAAUGCUGUAGAAAAAUGUAACCUGCAACACUGUCCUGCCAGAUGGCGUGUGUCAGAACCAGGGGAGUGUUCAGUUGUGUGCGGGCCAGGAGAAACGGAGCGUGUUGUGUCAUGUGUCCGGCCAGAACAUGGUCAGGAAGUGGAAGUGGAUCAAAGCUUUUGUUCUCUGCGGAUCAGACCACCUGACACUGUGCCCUGUGUGGUAGAUGUCUGUCCCAUUGGGUGGGAAUCAAAGGGAGAGCAGACGCCCAUACUGAAGUCUGGUGUGCUGUCACGCUCCAGACAGGCUCCGGUCUAUGUCUGGAGUCCUGUUAUCAGCCAGUGCUCAAAGACCUGUGGGAAUGGAACCCUGCAGGUGUGGUUCUCCUGUGUGGACCACCAGACCAGACUGGGGGUAAUGGACGUCCACUGUGAUCCUACUACAAAACCUCCUCCUCAGUAUGAGACCUGCAACACAUCUCCCUGUCCCCGCAUGUGGCACUCUAAGCAAGGAGUCUGCAGUGUAACGUGUGGAGGAGGGGUGGCCAACAGGGUGCUGUACUGUGCAGGAGAAAGAGAUGGGGAGGAGGAGGUGGUGGAGGAUUCAGAGUGCAGUGACUUCCCCAAACCCACAGCAGUAGUUUCAUGUAACAACCACAGCUGCCCAGCCAGGUGGAGGGUGUUCAGUGCAUCACCCUGCUCUGCGUCCUGCGAUUUGGGUGUAGCUCAGAGGACUGUGUCCUGUGUGCAGUUUGUCCAUGGCAGGGAGAGUAUGGUGCCGGAGGUGAGCUGCCAUGCAGCCAUCAAACCGGCCACCACAGUGCCCUGCCUGGUGAGGGUCUGCACCUUCAGAUGGGAGGUGAAACCUUGGAGCCAGUGCUCGGUACCAUGUGGGUACGGGAUCCAGUCCAGAGCCGUGUCCUGCAUGGGCCCCUCUCAUCCGGAGCCCCUCAGCCCUCAGUUCUGUAUGCACAUGCCCAAACCCAUCACCAUACAGGGCUGCUACAUGGGCGGCUGCGGAGACGCAACACCAACCUCAGAUGUCAUAACUGCAAUCACACCACAGCAACAACUGGACCAUCCUUCUCCGAGUCCAACAGUGGCAAUCACAAUCCUACAGGCCACUGCAGCGACCAUCCCAACACCUAAACCCAGGGCAUGUGGACAGCUUCUCCUGGAAGAAUCUGGCAUUGUGGAUUUGAAAGACAUGACAGGACGCUGCACGGUAUCCAUUGGUCGACCCCUAGAUGAGGUCAUCUAUAUUAAAAUGGAAUCUAGCUCCUUGAACUGCAGCAAAAAUGAGUUUGUUGCAUUUUUUGACCGACUGGCAUUGGUGAGGAAGUGCGAGCAGGUAGCAGGCAGUGAACUCACCACCAGAACCAACGUCCUGCUGGUGCGUCAGAAUCUGCUCACCCCUGGGAACGGGGUUGUGUUCACCUAUAAAUCACAGAAAAACAACAAGAAGAGCCAUCAUCAGGAUUGUGACAUUCAGCUGUUUUCCCCAACUGGCGUCUUUGAGAAUCCAACAACGGCAAACACUAACCACACCUGCAGAGUCCUCAUCAAUGCCCCUCCCUCAGUAAAGAUCAAAAUCCAAGCGCUUCACAUAGGGUUAAUGUUUAACUCCACCAACUCCCAAUCUACAUACAUCAUGAUCCGGGACAUGAAUGUCUUAAAGACCAAUGUGUUUAAAGGCCAACAGCUGUUUCAGUGGCACUCCUCUGGAAACAUGGCUGAGAUUGAAUUUCAUGGAGACUACCUGAAUGCCAAAGGGAGUUUCAGAGCUGAAUAUUCCUUUAUGCGUCUCAGACAUUAAAUAUGAAUAAUUUUGAGCAGGUUUGAAAUUCCUUUAUAACAUUUCUUUAGAAUUCUUUAUUUACAAUAAACACGUUUUUGUAACAGCAAAUUACUUAUGCGCUGUACUUCUGUUGUGUGACCCAAAAUAAAUAAAAAACAAACCAAAGCA